AUGGUGAACACAUGGCUCUCGCUCUCCGUCGCAGCAUCGCUGUUAGCUCUGUCGCUGCUGCGCACCUUGCUCUCGCGGUCAUCUUCCGCAAAAAAUCUCCCACCUGGUCCGAAACCUAGCAACUUUGUCACGGGCAACACGAUCCCCACCACCCAUCCCUGGCGAACCUUUUCCAAAUGGACCCAGCAGUACGGCGACAUCUUCACGCUUCGCAUCGGCAGCACUUACCUCUUUGUUCUGGGGCAAGCCUCGUCAGCACACGCAAUCAUGGAGAAGCAAUCGGCCUGUUCAUCGGACCGUCCACGUCAGAUCAUGGCUGGGGAGCUGAUUUCAGACAACCGACGGAUGCUGAUCUUGCCCUACGGCACGAGAUGGAGAUUGUUUCGCAAAGUGUUGCACGAGACAUUGCAAGACAAAGCAGCCCGACUGUAUGAAGGGGUGCAGAGGAGGGAGGCGUGUAUUGCAAUGUUGCAUCUGGGUAGGACCCCGGAAAGGUUUCAACAGGUGUUCAAGAGGUAUGCUGCAAGUGUGAUUAUGCAGGUCACUUACGAUUACCGGAUCGACUCGUUGGAGGAUCCGCUGAUACGGCAGGUGGAAGAGUGUUUGACCAAAUUGGCGCUUUGGAUCCGCCCAGGCGCAAGCGUGCUGGAUCGUUAUCCAGCGUUGCUUUGGCUCCCUGCUGUUGUGAACCCGUGGAAGCAAAAGGGCCUGGAAUUGCGGGAAAAGGAGCAAAUGCUGUUCGUGUCUCAGUGGGACAGCGUUCGUCGGCGAGUCGCACAGAACCAGUGUCAGCCGUGUUUCGUUAGCAAGGUGCAGGAAAAACAGGCCGAGCUUGGCAUCACAGAUGCCGAAGGCGCAAGUUUGGCAGGAAGUAUGUUUGGCGCUGGGUCGGAUACAACUGCCAGUGGGCUGGCCAUCUUCGUGCUAGCCAUGUGCGCAUUCCCUCACGUCCUCAAAGCUUUACAAGCCGAGAUUGACCAGGUCUGCAGCGACAACUUGCCCAGAUUUGAAGAUCUAUCGGCGCAAACAACUCCCUACCUCUACGCUACAGUACAGGAGACUCUACGAUGGCGACCGAUCAGCGCUGGAGGGUUCUCACACAAACUUACCCAAGACGUCGAGUAUCGAGGCUACCUACUACCCAAGGGAAGCACAGUAGUCGCACCGCACUGGUCGAUCAGUUUGGACGAGCAUGAGUAUCCCGAACCGCACGUCUUUCGUCCGGAACGCUUCCUCUCGCCCAACGACGGCAGCGUCAAAGGCACGUGGUUCGCACCCGCACGCGGGUCGGUCGCAUUUGGGUUCGGUCGCAGAGUGUGCCCCGGUCUACACAUUGCCAUGCGUUCGUUGACGAUCAAUUUGGCCUGCAUAGCCUGGUGCUUCGACAUCACUUCAGGCGAUCCGGAUAAAGUAGACACGCUGGCAUUUACAUCGGCUGCCAACUCGCACCCGUUGCCGUUUGAUGCCAACUUUGUGUAUAGGUCGAAAGCGAGGGAGCAGGUGGUGAUGGCCGAGAACAGGGAGACGGGUGAGCUCGAUCGUAUCGCUGCUGCUGCGCGGUAG